AUGGACAACAGAUUGGUGAAGACAGAAGGCCAUCUGAGCGCCUGCUCUUCCAUGGACUCCGGCGACCAAUCGGAUCUCUGCUUUCCACGACUGGCCAACGCUUCCUGCAGGAAGCCCUCAUCUGACUGGUCUGAUGGUUUCCUUUUCAGUGUCCUGCUGUCCGCUGAAUGCGUCCUCGCUGUGCUGCUCAACCUGCUCGUCAUCAUCUCAAUCUCCCACUUCAGGCAACUCUACACCCCCACCAACCUCCUCCUCCUCUCCCUCGCCGUGUCUGACUUGCUGGUGGGCUUUGUGGUGAUGCCAGGUGAGAUCUACAUGAGGAUAUCGUGCUGGUUUCUCGGUGACAUUGCCUGUUCUCUAUGGAGUUACAUGACUCUCACCACAACAUCCUCCUCGGUCGGAAACAUGGUCCUGAUAUCGGUCGACCGUUAUGUGGCUAUUUGUGAUCCUCUGCGUUAUAAUGUCAAAGUCACUGUGAAAAGAAUUCAACUUUGUGUUUGUCUCUCUUGGGUGACUUCUCUUCUAUACUGUGCCAUCCUCUUAAAGGACCAGUUGGGUCAUCCUGGAAUGUACAACUCAUGCCGCGGAGAGUGCGUCAUCGGUUUAGAGGUUUACGCAGGCAUUCUGGACAUCGUCAUAAGCUUUGUCCUUCCUCUCAGCAUCAUCAUUACACUGUACACGAGAGUGUUUGUGGUCGCUGUUACUCAGGCACGAGCCAUGCGCUCUCAUGUUCAAUGUGUCAAAUUACAACAUUCUGCCCCUUUCAGAGCAAAGUCAUCCGAAUUGAAGGCAGCCAGGACUCUCGGUGCUCUCGUUCUUGUCUUUCUGGUGUGUUUCUGUCCAUAUUAUAUUGUCAUUCUGAUGGGUGGAAAUGAGAAUUUAGGUUCACUGACAAAAUAUGUUGUUGAUUUGUAUGGUUUCAACUCAUGUCUGAACCCCUUAAUUUAUGCCCUAUUUUACCCAUGGUUUAGAAAAGCUGUCAAGCAGAUUAUUUCUCUUCGCAUUGUGCAGCGUGCAUCCUGUGAGGCCAACAUAUUGUAG